AUGAGACUAUUUAUAAGUUCGUUGAAUAUUCCUAUAGGAUACUCUACACCACUGUUUCCGUCACUAUUUUGGCCCUUGGGACCAACUAGAUCUGCUUAUCAGGUAGCCCUUUUAUACUAUACCAUAGAUAUCUGGAAAUUCACAGUAUGGUGGACACUUAUACUAUUUGGGGGACUAUACACUAUUGUGGGAAUAAUAGCUGCUGCAAGCAGUCUUCUCAACAAAUCGCGACAUAAUCUAAACAUCGGGGGAGUGGAGAUCAUGAUGUCAUUUUCAAUUGUGUUUUUUUAUUUAAUUAUUGGGUUAACAAGAGGAUUCUGCAGUGGUGCUGUGGUUGGAAUUGUUGUUGCAGCGAUUUACAACGCUGGUAGUUUAACCAUGAGUACUUGGAUUCCUAUGACUUGGGCUAUUGCGCAAGUAUUGUAUGAUAUUGCUAGUUCGUAUCUGACUACUCUGAUUAUACUAUGA